AUGUUUUUUAACAACAACAAUAGUAACAACAAUAAUGAAGAUAAAAAUAAUUUAUUCGGAAAAAGUAACACAUUGAGUAACAAUGGGACUAAUGCAAAUACGACGAAUAUGUGGAACAUGCCAAACUCCAAUUUAGGGAACAACAAUUUGUUUGGAAAUGCUUUAGUUAGUCAAAAUGUUUUAACACAAAGUAACACUAAUAAUAAUAAUAUGAACAACAUGAACAACAUGAAUAACAUGAGCAGCAUGAGCAACAUGAACAGCGGAGGGCUCUUUAACAGCAAUCUGAAUAAUCAGACAGAUGCACUAGGCAAUAACAACUUCUUUGGAAGUAAUGCCCUGAAUCGUCAGGGAGGUGUAAAUAAGAACAAUAGCAUUUUUGGAAACACUCUCAACACAAACGAUAAUCUGAAUAAAGGAAAUUCCAUUUUCUCAAACAGCGUCAAUGAUUUAAAUAAAAAUAAUAACCUCUUUGGUAAUGCUACUUCCAACCCUAGUAUGAAUUCCUCUACAAAUACUUUUAAUCAAAAUUUAUUUAGUGCAGCGAAGAAAGAUGUUUAUCCAGGUUUCACAAGGAGUUUAGUAGGAAAUACAACAAAUAAUAGCUCAAGUAUGUUCAAGCAAAGUACUUUAGGUAGUUCUAUUGCAUUAGGAAGCCAGCUAAAUGAUGAUAGAAGCACAGAAGGUGGUGGUCUAUUUUCAAAAGAGCAGUUAGAAGCGGCCAAACAAAUUUUCGCAAAUUCGUCAAAUGCCAAUUCAUUAGGUGGGUUCAGUAAUAAUAAACUAGGCAAUAAUAAUAAUAAUAACAAAUUAACAUUUAAUGGAGGAUUUUCAUCCAGUUCUAGUGCAUUUGCAAAAAAUAAUAUAAAUCCAUUUCAGAGUAUGUCCCUGAAGGCCACCACUCAAAAUGAAAAGUCAUCCACCACAUCUCUUUUAAAUAAUAAUAACACGUCUAAGUCAUUCUUUACAAGUGCUAAUAUUAGCAAUAACAAUGAAGGGAAGCUGAAUCCUUUUGGUUUAUCAUCCAUGAACACACUUGGAUCAGCUAAUAAAAUAAACACAUUCGAUGAUUUUAACAAAAGUAUUAAAUCAUUUAACCAAAAUGAAAACAGCUUAUUUAACACAAAAAGUAAUGUAAAUAGUGUAAAUAGUGCAAAUAGCGGAACUUGUGCAGAUAGUAACGCCACCCCUCCCCUUCUUAACAGUUUCAAUAAUUCCUUCAGUUCUUUUGCCAAAACAAGUACAAGUGAUAUUUUCAAAUCAGCUAAUAACACAACUACUUCCUCUUUUUUGUCACCUUUCAAUAAAACGACAAAUAAUGAAAACCCAUUAACAUCAAACUUUUUUAAAUCUUCCAAUGAUACCAAGUCAAAUGAGAAUUCCUUUUUAUUUAGCAACAUUAAGAGUUCUAAUAAUUUACCCAAAACAAAUUCCUUUUCGAAUAACACCUUUUCUAUUUUUGCAAACAACAACCAGAGUGGUAAAUGUAGCACUACAGAUAAUGAAAAUAAAAAUAUUUCUCAAAACAACGAAUUAGAAAGUAAAUCUACGGAUGAGUCAAAUAUAAAAAAUACUCCUUUGGAAGAGAUUAAAGAGGAGAAGCAAUACAAUCAGUCGAAAAAUCUAACUCAAAAGGAAGCUCCCCAGACAGAUCCAUCAAUCAAAAUUGAUGAUGAUAAACCAACGAAAACGGAAAAAGACAAAGUGCAAGAAGUAACAUCGAAAGAGAAAAUACAACAGGAAGUAGAUGAUUUGAAUGAGUCAAAAAAAGAGAUAGAAUCCAUACAGAAAAAUAAAACCAUUUCGAGCGAAAAACAAAAUGUACAAGAUGAAGAAAAAAAAAAAUUACAAAAUGAACAAACAAAUCAAACAGAUACUGAAAAGAGAGAUGAAAAAACAGACAAAACAAAAGAUAAUACCACUGAACCCCUUAAAGCUAACUCACUUUUCAGUUCAUCUUUCUUUAAAACUAAUACAACAAACAAAAGUGACAUAAGGGAAAAUGCAACAAAAAUUACUAAUUUGGAAGAAAAUGAUCAGAAUAAAGGGAACACCUUUAAUUUUGUAUUCCCCGCUCCUGAGAAAAAGGAACCAGGGGAAGAGGACAGUACUAACCAAAAAGAAAAAAUGGGACAAAAGGAUAAAGAAAAUGAAAAGGGUGAAAAAGAUGAAGCAAAUGAAAAGCCCGAAGCAAAUGAAAAGAAUGAAGCAAAUGAAAAGGAUGAAGCGAAUGAAAAGGAUGAAGCGAAUGAAAAGGAUGAAGCGAAUGAAAAGGAUGAAGCGAAUGAAAAGGCCAAGAUGGACAAAAAAGAAGAACUCAAAAAUGAGCAGCAGUCGGCUUUACUCAGUUCCAAGGAAUGCACAUCCAGUGACCAGCAAACAGACGUAAUAAACAUAAUUGGUAAAGAUAAACCUACCGAAAGUGAUAAAAAACGUGAGCAUAAAGAUGAAAAGAAACAAUCAGAAAGUGAAGAAAAGAAGGGGAAUGAAUCCACGAGCACACAGAAGCAUUCUAUUUUCAAUUUUGACAUUUCAUCUAGCUUAUUAUCACACGAAUCUAAGGAAUCCCAUGACAAAAUAUACGAAGAAAACAAAUCAGAUCUUAAGAAAGCCCCAAGUACUGAUGACGUUGGGCUCUGUUUAUCUGAGAAAACGGAUGAAAAAAAAAAAUUCUGGAAUUUUUCUUUUACGAAGAAAAAGGAACCCAAGGAUCAGACGGACGCGAAUAAACUUGGGGAGAAGGGAAAAUUAAGUGACAUCACCAAAUUGAAUAAUUCCUCCAAACCAAAGGACCUCUUUGACAGUAAUAAUCAACUAAACAAUUUUAACCUAGGACAGAACAGUCUCUUUGGUAACUUAAAUAAAAAAGAUGAAGUAAAAAAUGAAGAUCUUCAAACAGGAAAGAACGUCAGUUUUCCAGGUUCUUCCAUUUUUGGAAAAUCAUUUCCACCAGAUUGUAACAAAAGUAAUUUAUUCUCAGAAGGAACAGAAAUGAAGAAGAAUAAUAAUUCAUUUUUUUCAUCAAAUGCGAGUUCAUCUAUUUUUGGAACCCCCUUCAAUAAUACAAAAAAUGAAGCAGAAAAUAAAUCACAUAUUUUUACGGAUAAAGAGGACGAAGAUGUAACAAAUGUAGGCAAUAUGAUAAAUUUCAUUUCACUUGAAAGUCGAAAAAAAAAUGUUUAUAUAAAUAAUAAUCUACAAAGUGAUGAAAAAAAAACUGAAAAACCAAACAUUUUGCAAAACAAUAAUGUAAAUGAUGUAAACGAAAAAAAAGUGGUAGAGAAUCAACAACAAUCUACGUUUAAUUUCCAACUAAAAGAAACCAAAGGAACGCUUCGAAAUAAUGAAAAUACGAAAGAAAUGAAUUUUGAAGAUUUCCCAUUUUUAUCUGAACAGAAUGCUAAAAUACAAAUGCAAAAGUUACAAAUGGAACAGCAAAAACAGUUAGAAAAAGAUAGAAAAAAUGUUGAAAAAAAUAUAAAACAAAGUGAGUCGUAUUUUAAAAAGGACCUGGAUAAGGAAAUGAUUAUUGAUGUUAUCAAUAACCUUUCCUCUUUUGUUAAAAAUAAAAUUAAUUUCAUGAAUUAUUGUUCUAAUGAAAUAUUAGAUAUAUAUAACAAAGUUGCACAUUAUGAAAAAAUGUAUUCCCUAAUAUUAGAAGAUCAGAUAAAAAUUGAAAAAAAACAAGAAUCUUUAGAAAAAAGACUAAGACUUAUACAAAGUGAACAAUGUGAUAUGUUAUCCCUUCUCAACGAAUUAGAUAAUGAAAAUUCUCUAGGAUUUUUAAAAAUUCUGAAUGAAAAAAAUAUAAAUAAGGACGAUAUUAUAAAUAAUAAAAAUCUUUAUUUAGACAUUGAAAAUUUUGAAAAGCUUGUUGACAAAAUGUGUAGUUUAGAGGAAUUAAUGAAUUCUUUACAUAACAUGGGAAAGGGAGAUUUAGCAAAUGACAUUAUUAAUAAAUGUUAUGUGAAUGAUUUGAAUUGUGAAUCCAUUGAAAAGCAGUUAAAUAAUUCGUCUAGUGAGUUGAAAAAUAUGAAAUAA